AUGCAGGAGAUCCGAAAGAGGAAAAUGGACUUGAUUGAGGCGCUCACGGCGGACUCGGAUUACAUCUUGCAGCGUGUCCAGCAGAUGGCGCUCAUCACCAAUCGGGAGUACAACAACAUCCGCAGCGUGCAGCAGUCCAGCGAGAAGAAAGUCAUCGACCUGGUGGACAAAGUUAUGUGUAAGGGAGAUCACACCUGCGAGGGUUUCCUGACCCUGCUACAGCAACCUGACAUCCAGGACACCUACCCCACCCUGAAACAGCUUUUCUCUUCUGCUGUCGCAGACAACCCCAUCCAGGAAACACAGGGAACCAACCAACUCAGUGAAUACAAGAUGACUAGUCUGCCCCGCGGCUUCUGUCUGAUCUUCAACAACGAGCACUUUGAACCCAGCACUUCACUGAAGGAGAGGAGGGGUUCUAGCCAAGAUGCUGUUGCUCUGAGUCAGGUGUUCAGCUGGCUGGGCUUCACCGUGGAGACGCUGACGGAUCAGACGGCGCAGGACAUGCGGGCCGCGCUGCGGCAGCGCAGCGGGGCGGCGCACGGCGACGCCUUCGUCUGCUGCGUGCUCAGCCACGGGACGCAGCAGGGCGUCUACAGCUGCGACGGCCAGCUCGUGCCCGUCCCCGAGAUCCUGUCCUCCUUCAACGGCGCCGGCUGCCCCGCGCUGGCCGGCAAGCCCAAGGUCUUCUUCAUCCAGGCCUGCCAGGGGGAGCAGCUGCAGGGCUCGGUGGCGGUGGUGGAGACGGACGCCGGCGCGUUCAACCCCCGCAACAUACCGGUGGAUUGCGAUUUCCUGGUGGGAAUGGCGACCGUUCCGGAAUUCCUCUCCAUGAGGGAAAGCGCCGCCGGCAGCUGGUACAUCCAGUCCCUCUGCCGACAGCUGAAGGAGGGCUGCCCAAAGGGUGAGGACAUCCUGACCAUCCUCACCAAGGUGAACGAGGAGGUGAGCCUGAAAGAGGGCAGGCUGUGGACAGCAAACGGGCUCCAGCUGGCCAAACAGAUCCCCAGCCCCGGAUUCACCCUGAGGAAGAGGCUGGUCUUCCCUGUGCCCAGCGGUUACGCCCCCUGACCAAGGCAUAGAGCCUCUCUCCUCCCCCUCUCCCCCGCAAAGGGCCUCUCCCAAUAAGGGCAUUCCACGGCACCUUUA